AACCGUAAACCUGUUCAUACGUUCUUCAUGUUGGUCGCGAUGUGUCUGUUUUAUCAGAAACUUUGAGGUAUGAUCUUAUCGCAAGAAACCCUAAUGGAAUCAUGAACCAAAGUAAAUAUCUUCGGGGUAAAGGCUGCAUUUUUAGUUGAUUUGUUCCAGAAAAAAAAAGAAUAUGUUGUGGGAUGCGUUUUAUAUUUGAUUAUGAGGAGAAGAACAUGGGUCUCAACUCCAUGGGGAAAAAAAUUAAUAAAAAAUAAUAAUUAUCGAGAGAGACGCGGCGAGGAAUGUGGUGGUUUCCAGACAAGUGUUGGGCUGAGAGGAAAAUCGGAACGAAACCCUUUAAUUGUUGACCUCUGAUUCAUGAGUGGUGGUGGAAAUCUCGCCGACGGUGUUCGUCGAUGGCUUUUUCCGGGUCGUCCUCCUUCUUCUUCUUCCGAUCAUCACAAUCAUAAUCCUUCUUCUUUAACCAAUCCCGAUGAGGUGGUCGAACAUGGCGAUUUGAGGGAGAUUACCGUUACCGAAGAUCUUAAUCUGUCUGGGCUACAGCUCAUCAGGGUUCCAAAACGACAUAACUUACCCAUGGAUGCUAACAAGAAGGGUACACAUACAACCGAGUUCUUCACGGAGUAUGGAGAAGCAAGCAGGUACCAGAUUCAAGAAGUCGUCGGAAAAGGAAGCUAUGGUGUUGUAGGUUCUGCUAUAGACACUCACACUGGAGAAAGGGUCGCGAUUAAAAAAAUAAACGAUGUGUUUGAACAUAUCUCUGAUGCAACCAGGAUUUUGCGAGAGAUAAAGUUACUAAGGUUGCUUCGUCAUCCAGAUAUCGUGGAGAUAAAGCACAUUAUGCUUCCUCCUUCUCGACGGGAAUUUCAAGAUAUUUAUGUUGUGUUCGAGUUGAUGGAAUCUGAUCUUCAUCAAGUCAUCAAGGCAAACGAUGAUCUGACUCCUGAGCACCAUCGGUUUUUCUUGUACCAACUUCUUCGGGGUCUGAAAUAUAUUCAUGCCGCUAAUGUAUUUCAUCGGGAUUUGAAACCGAAGAACAUUCUUGCUAAUGCUGAUUGCAAAUUGAAGAUCUGUGAUUUUGGGCUUGCUCGAGUAUCUUUCAAUGACGCCCCAUCAACUAUUUUCUGGACUGAUUAUGUAGCCACUCGAUGGUAUCGUGCCCCGGAACUCUGUGGUUCUUUUUUCUCCAAAUAUACCCCUGCAAUCGAUAUCUGGAGCGUAGGUUGCAUAUUUGCGGAAAUGCUUCUGGGUAAGCCCUUGUUUCCCGGGAAAAAUGUGGUUCACCAGUUGGAUAUUAUGACCGAUUUCCUCGGCACUCCGUCACCUGAAGCCAUAGCAAAGAUUAGGAACGAGAAAGCGAGGAGAUAUAUUAGCAACAUGAGAAAAAAGCAGCCGGUCCCAUUCUCGCGUAAGUUUCCUAAAGCCGACCCCAUGGCCCUCGACUUGCUAUCGCGCCUUCUGGCCUUUGAUCCAAAAGAUCGUCCAACCGCAGCAGAAGCACUAACUGAUCCAUACUUCAGCGGUCUGGCAAGCGUUGAUCGUGAACCAUCCACACAACCGAUUUCAAAGCUCGAGUUCGAGUUUGAGAGAAAGAAGCUAACGAAAGAUGAUAUCAGAGAGUUAAUAUACAGAGAGAUUUUGGAAUACCAUCCACAGAUGUUGGAGGAAUACCUUGAAGGCAGUGACCAGCUUAGUUUCAUGUACCCGAGUGGGGUUGAUCGGUUCAAGAGGCAAUUUGCUCAUCUCGAGGAAAACCCGGGUAGGAUAGGAAGGGAUAACGCACUUCAUAGACAUCAUGCUUCAUUACCGAGAGAGCGGGUUAACAAGAACGAGACGGUUGAGGAGGGCAAAGAACUCGAUAGAAGAACACCACCUGGCAUGGCUGUUGAGGAGAGCAAAGAACUCGAUAGAAGACCCCCCCCUGCCAUGGCUUCAACCCUCGACAGCCCAAAACCCGAGGGUUCAGACAAUGGAGGAGGGUACAGUGCUCGUAACCUGAUGAAGAGCGCUAGUAUCAGCGGCUCCAAAUGUAUCGGUACACAAUCCAAAACCAACAUAGAGGACGCCAUAGCUGAAGAACAAGAUGAAGCAGUCCCUUGAAGUUGAAUCUCUGAUCUUUUUUUCUUACCAUUUCUGUAUGUUUUUACAGAGUUAUAGAAGUGAACUUUUCGUUUUCGCCCUCGUUUACCUGGUUUGGUGAUCUCGGGCUCGGGAUCGAGGCGAGUGGGUUUAAUUGUUGUCUCAAAUAAUUUGGGGGUGAAAGUGUGAAAACAAAAUAAAACUAGGGUUCUCAUGUAAUUUUGUUAUUUGACUGAUGAGAGAUGACUGGUACAAUUACAAGAGGCGCGACAAUUUUUAGCA